AUGGCUCGCGAAAAGCGCGACAGUGGUCCUCACGGGCACAGCAGCAGGGAGACAAAAGUGGGGGUCCACCCAGCACCACAUACAGAACCUUGCUCGACACCCCACCGCGUCGUCACAUUCUGCGAACCACAUCCUGACGACAUCAUUUUCUCCCACGCUCGCCAUCUCCUGGUGGUCCACAACAAGCAGAGCUUCGACCAUUUCACCGACCCACUCAAGGUAGAAGCGCUCGUGAACCUCCCAACGGCGACACUAUGGCGCGAGUCAGCUAUCGAAGCGCUGGCGCUCACAUUCGACAAAUCCGUCAUUCCAGUGCCUUUCAAGCUGGUUCGAAACAGAGUCUCUGCGUCUUUCACGUUGAAGUGUGAUGUCAAAGGCGGGUGGAGGUCGUUCCAGGAGUGGUUGCGGGAGCUCAAAAGUCCUCCGAGUCGCCAUUUGAGUGGCAAGAAAGCCAUCAGGAUUCAACAGCAGUGGUCGAAGAAGAAUGGCCAGCCCUUUAGGGUCAUGGACCUGCCUGCGGAAGUUCGUAUGUUGAUCUUCGAACAGGCUGUCGGCGUAGAGCACUUUCCUAUAAUGGAGUUGCUGCACCCUCGUAGUGGUUCAUCUUACUAUGGGGAGGGUGCUCAAAAUUCGACCGAUGAUGAACCUCGUGUCGGUACCCGGCUGAGACGCAUUGACCCACCUAAUGUCAACCUCAUAUCCAGUUGCAAGCAGAUCCUACAGGAAAUCGGACCUUUCAUGCGUCACGGUACUACAAAGGUCUUUCAGACCCUGACAGACCUGGAACGCUACACCCUCCACAACAGAUUUCCCGAAUUCGGUGGGGUGCAGACUCUUCGUCAUAUUACAAUCGACCUCACAAACUACGACCUCGCCGAAUACCUCGCAUAUGUGGAUGAUGAUACCAGAACGAUGCAAAAGGCGGUCAAUCUUGAUAUGGCGCCACUUCUCGGAAGACUACCCAACCUCAAGAGUGUGUGCAUACACUUCAGAUCUGCUGUUUCGCCUCCGUACCAGGAGUCGUCCGACCCUCUUAGCCCCUGA